GUCUGAACGCCCACGACCCAACGGUCCACUUUGCAAUGCUUGUCACCCGCGCAUAACCCUCCUUGCUCGAUCAUCUCCGCCGCUCACUUGCUCUGUUUCUUGCUUACUUCCCUUUUCUUGCUGACCCCCGCCUCGUCUCGCAGCGAGUGCACUGACCAUGCCGGAGUACGUCUACGCCCUCCACGAAUUCGCGCCCGAGAAUCCAGAUGAGGUGCCGUUGAAGCUCGGGGAUAAGAUUGAGGUCAUCGAGAAGGAUGACUUGUACGGGGACGGGUGGUGGAAGGGCCGAAAUCCAGCAGGGGCCGUCGGACUAUUCCCUCAGACUUACACAUCCCCGAACCCUUCCUCUGUUUCAUCUCGACUCGCUGUCACAGGGACCGCCAACGCGUCCCCCGCGUCCUCGACUGUCGAAGUGCCUGCUGCGUCAACAUCAAAAGCCGGUGGUACAUCACAGCCUCCUCAUGGCACUGCCGAUCCUAUUCUGAGCCAUAGCACGGAAGAAUUAGCUACAGGCAGCAACGGCGCACAGCGGUCUGGUAGCGCCGAAGUGAUGCAGGCUACUAUGACGGACGUGCAGAAGGCUAUCGAGCAACUCGGUCGAGGGAACGAUGAAUCACGGAGCUUCAGCUUCAUGAGCUCGCGUUCUCAGUCCACGGACCAUUCCGACGCCGAAGACGAGAGGGAGAAGGACGAGGACGAGGACGAAACUGGAUAUGGCUGGUCGAAAGGCGCUCGAACGAUGCUCGCCAUGCGCGCGCAAAUGGAGAACGAGCGGCGGGAGGCCCAGUCGAGGACCGAUUCUACGGCCGGCUCUGGUACCCCGGUCCGACUCUCAGGACCUCCGCAUGACUUCGAGGUGAGCGAUGAGAGCGAAGACGAGGGUGAAGAGCACAUCCAUCUCCGGCACCUCUCCGACCGUGUGCAUUCUAGCGAUGCCAACGGACGUAUCUCUGAGGAAGACGAAGAGGACGAUGAACCCACUUCCAAACCAACAUUCACCAUUACCCACUCCCGUACAUCCACUAUGGACUUCCGUACUCCACCCCCGCCGAUCACAAUUUCGGACAGCAGCCUCCGUAACAAAAAGUCAAGAGACAGCUCUGCGCUAAUUGUGCCUUCGGAAGACUUCAUCGUUCCCUCGCCUAGUGCAGCUACGACUGAAAUCACAACUGCUCGUCCCGAACAGUCGACCUUCCCACAGGAGCAGCUCUCGCCUGAUCCUGCCAAAGAGGAACCUGCACCCUCUCCUUCAAUGAACAUCAUAGAGGCUUCUCCCAUUGAAGAAACACCUUCACCCUCGCGUCAAACCAGUGCACCUCCAGAGGAAGAGAAGCCUGCAGCAACCUCUACUACUCCCGAACCGGUUCCCGCUCCGACCGCUUUACAUCCCACGUCUACUCCUAACACUCCCUCAGUGGUUGCGACAUCCCCUUCCGUGCAAACUGUCAGCCCUUCACCGAGUACCGUCCGCAUCGCCGAGACCCCGCAACUAUCCUUCCCUUCCUCCAACCUCCCCUCCCCGACCGCAUCGUCGUUUGGUGGGGCAACGAGCUCGAGCUCAGCUGGGGUCCGGCAGACACUCACGCCUGCGACCACAGUGUCUAUGAUGAGCGCAGGUGGCCCAGAGGUCAAGGUGGUUGGGAGCGGGUCGUCUGGGUCAUCUACGAGGAAGGAGCGGCCGGACGGGCAUCCUUCCGAGUGGGCCGUCGAACAAGUGGUCGAAUGGCUCCGGGCGAAAGGCUUCGACGAGGGUGUAUGCGAGAAGUUCAUCGAGCAAGAGAUCACUGGCGAUGUACUCCUCGAGCUCGACGCAAACGUGCUCAAGACCGAGAUUGGCAUCGUCGCGUUCGGGAAGCGAGCCCGCAUCGUGAACGCAAUCACCGAGCUGCGCCGUCCCCCCUCCAUCUUCGAGUCUCCCUCGCACACGCCAGCCCGAGUCACCACGCCUCGUUCGCAGACAGGCCAGUCUCUGCCGUACACACACUCGCAUUCCGCGAGCCUGCAAAGCUCCGCGCAUACGCAGGCGUCUUCGGGGUGGGCGUACUCGCCGUUGUACGCGCAGGCCUAUCAGCACAGCCCGAUUACUGCUUCGCCGGUUGCGGAGCACCCGCUGCACACCGGCGACGGGUCGACCCGCGAUGAAUGGCCUGCCGCUCAGGUAGAUGGCAAUGGCGUCGCGAAGGUGGAGGGGGGCGAGCCUGGGACGCAAGCCGUGGGUCUUGGGCUGGGUCUGGCGCAGGCCAUCAAGGACGGGAAACGUCCCGCCCAGUUGAUCCUCUCACCCAGCGACGGUGCUAUAGCGGCUACCGCAGUCGGAGGAGACGUUCGUCCGUCUGGAGAGGAAGAUCGUGGUGCCAUGAGUGAGAGCGAGACAGUUGCGUCGGACACCAAGACCAAGAGCCGGCGCCUAUUCUGGCGCACCGACAAUGGCUCGAUCAGGGAGAAGUCAUCGCUGAACGACACCGCGAGUCGUCACUCCAAAGACACUUCCAUUCCACAAACGCCGCCUCUGUCAGCUGCCACCGUGGCGUCAGUCGCAGCGUCCUCUACGAACUCGCCGGACGAUACUGAGUCUGUAGCCGAAGGCGCGCCUCCUGUGCCCACAGCUAGGCCAAAGAAGAAGCGCGAAAGCGUCGACGGUCGCAAGGCGUCGGAUCGGCUCAGCCUUUUCGGUACUUCCUUCUCUGGGACACUCGGGAAAGGUGGCAGGAGCAGAAAGCCGCCUCCGUCGCUCUCUGGCGCAAUCGAGAAGAGUGAAGACGAAAAGGAAAAGCACCAUGGCACCUUCGCCAGGAUACGAGAGAAGCGGAGUUCAAGCCGUCCCUCUACGGCCGAUGGCGCUAAGGACAAGAGAUCUGGCCAAUUUCCCUCGCUCAACAAAGUCAAGGAGUCUCCUAACAAAGAUUCCGAGAAGCCCAAGGAGCCCAAGGAGACAUCCAAGGAACCUAAGCACAAGGCAAAGGAGUCAAAGGAUCAAGCCAAGGAGCCGGAAAGGUCGGCAGUCCUGCGCAAACGCACGGCGUCUACCGUCGGCGUUCCGGUAGUAGAAAAGACCCCAAAGGCUGACGACACCCCCAGGUCUCCUACAAGCCCAGACUCUAGCCCGCUCAACCUCACUCUCAAACCUGGUCAGAGUAUCCUUGAGCAAAUCGGGACACCUGAUCACGAAGGCUGGUUGCGCAAGAAGGGCGAGCGCUACAACGCGUGGAAGGUGCGGUACUUCGUCCUGAAGGGUCCGCAUCUGUACUGGUUGCGGAACAAGAGCAAAACGGAAAGUAAGAUCAAGGGGUACAUCAACAUCGCCGGUUACAAGGUUGUUGCAGAUGAGAACAUCGACCCCGGACGAUAUGGCUUCCGUAUCAUGCACGACUCGGAGAAAACCCACUACUUCAGCUCGGAGGAGCAUGUUACGGUCCGAGAAUGGAUGAAGGCUCUCAUGAAGGCCACGAUCACGAGAGACUAUGCUGACCUUGUGGUAUCGUCAUGCAACAUUCCGACAAUCCCUCUCGCGGUCGCGCAAGCGAUGAAUCCCGCCCCACGGCCCCCGUCGCCCGGUGCACGAGCAGCCACCCAGAAGGCAAUGCGUCCCGAGAAUCCGAACCAGCUCACCCAGCGCGACGCGCAGGUCUUGCUGAUGGGCGUCACGGCGAAGGAGAAGGGUAGCUCAGAGCGAACAAGGCUCGACUCGUUUUUCACGAACGACACGCGCUCCACCACCAGCGCCGAACCUUCGUCCCCCAGAAUCGCUGCUUCGAAGGUUCCACCGCGGCCAUCGCGGGAAAUGCGCAGGCUCAAUUCCUUGACGGAGUCGACCACGUCGUCCGUGGAUGCAGGCCUGAUAGACUGGGCGAACUCUCACCUGCCGAAGAACCUGCAAGUGGCCGAUCCGUCAAGCCAGAUCUACGGUGGUCUCGCCCUGCUCCGGCUUGCGGAGGAUAUUAAGGGCAAGCAGGCGACCCCGCGUGUGCCGGACUCUGCGUUCCCGUCUGGCCCGAACGACGACAAGCUCGAUGGGCUGUUCAAGCUCUUCGACUUCCUCCUCGACAACGAUGUCAAGAUGGGCACCGUGAGCAUCAACGACAUCCGGCAGGGCAAACGGGACAAGAUGAUCCAGCUUUUGAAGGCGCUGAGGGCUUGGGAGGACAGGCGGAAGGCGAUCGCGCAAUCGCUAGGGCCGCCUUCACCUCCGCCGGGGUCGUACAUGGCAAUGGCGGGCCCGAUGGGGAUGGGGCCUGGGUGAAAUAUUGCGAUUGUAUAAAGGAGGGAAUCUAGCCUACGAGCCUACUAGUGGACUUGCGUUACUGUCUUGCAUACGUAGUACGUUCUGUCAAUUGGUCUGUUGUACAGUUUAGCAAUAUCUUGCCUCGGACAUAUACCCGUCGAUAUCUAUCACUAGCUUGCUUGUGAGUGCCAAUAGACAUCUUGAUUUGCAUGCUCGGUGCAUUAUGU